AUGGAUUCUAAUUUUAUGACAACAAAAGAGAAAGACUACGUAAGUUACAUUUUUACAAAAAAUACAAGACAAUUAAAAGGCGAUAUUGAUUAUAAAAAGGUAUUUUCUGGUAUAAAACAGGACUAUACUUCUUUUAAAAACGAUAUUAAAACAUCUUUUGUUUUUGGUAAAGAUACAUGUAGAGACAAUAAGAAAAAUCGAUAUUUUACCGCAUCGAAAAAUAUUCCACAAAAUUUACAAUUGGAAUGUGAAGUGGAUAACAUUUAUACAAAAUUAAUUUGCACAAGAUAUUUUACUAACGAAAUAAGUAUAUCUUAUGAUCCUAUGAAAUAUAUUAAAACUAACAAAUUGUGGGAUUUACUCCAACUGACAUUUGAAAGUUUUGAUGACAAAAAAAAUGUUAUUGUAAAAAUUAGUAAGCAUUUUGAAGAUAUCGAGGCAAUAGAUAAAUUUACAGAUUUUAUUAAUGACUGGUACGAUAAAAUACCACAAGUAACUGCUUUUGAUCUUGAUAAAGAUUUUUCAGUAAAUUUUAUGACUAAAAGUUCGGGUCUUGUACUAGCUACAUGCUUUUUAAUAGGAAAUAAUGAUCUUUACGAGAUAUUUUAUAACAAUACUAUAAAUAAUAUGGAAGUAGCACUAAUACACAAUGAAAUAUGGAAUUUUCUUGUUGUUUUAAUGAAUUUUUGCAAUAAAGAACAGAAGUUCGAGCUGAUUAAAUCUACAAAAGAAAGGUUACAUGAAAUUAAAUGUGAUAAUGAAAAAUUUGAUAAAGCAAAAACUUUUUUGAAAUGUUUGGGACUUGAACCAGAAGACAUUAGUUUAUAA